AAGCAAAUAAAUGGGUUAUAUUGAUUUAUUAAAUUAUAGAUAUAAAUCAAGAACAAUUUUAAUUUUUAUAUUUACAAUGGCCUUUUGUUAUUGUGGAAGUAAUGCCGUUAAUGUCUAUUGUUUUAGUAUACUUGCUUCUAUAGAAGAUGCUUCUACAGCUUAACUUUUUACUUCAAUAAUUCCUAUAGGAGAUAUUAUUGGACCUUUUAUAUCUAUAAUUCUUAUUGGUAGUCUAAACAGAAAAAAUUUAUAUAUAGGAGGACUUUUCGGAUGUAUGUUUUCACUUAGUGUAUUUUCUAUUUUAGGAUGGGCCUAAAUUAGAGAUGCCUAAAAAUAUUUCCUUAUUUUAUUUAAGCUUAUUUUUGCAUCAAGCGUCGGACCAGUUCAUUGGACAUUCCCUUCCGAAAUAAUGCCUCCUAUUGGAAUCGGAUUUUUCUCUUUUGCUUAUUGGGUUUGUUCUUUAUCUACAGUUUAAAUAUAUCCUUAUUUAUUAAAUGGAAUUGGUACUGAAGCAUCUAUAAUAAUAUUUCCUAUUGUUACUAUAUUCCUUAUAAUGUAUUUAAGUAAGUAUAUGAAAGAUUCUACAGGAAAAACAAAAGAAUAAAUAGAAAAUAUGUAUAUAGCGAAACAAUCAAAUAAUAAUUUACAAACUCUAGAGGAUUUAAAUUUCCCUUAUACAGCGAAUAAUAUUUAGGGGAUAGAUUCACCUACUAAAAAAUGA